AUAGCAGUAAAUCGUGGGUUGGGCCAGAAGGACGGAGUUGUUGGUUACCCAUUUGGGCCUUUGGACCGCAGUCAUAAUAACAAAUCGUGGAUUGGGCCAGAAGAAAGGAGUUGUUCAGUACCCAUUUGGGCCUUUGGGCCGCGGUCAUAAUAACAAAAUCAGUAAAUCGUGGGUUGGGCCAGAAGAAAAGGGAUGUUCAGUAACCCUAAUGCCGCAGCCCCGCACCCGCAGCUCCGCAUCGCAGGCGUAACUUAGCGAAACCCUAGAAUUCUCCGCACGCUUACAAAAUAUCUACCGGCACGUGCAACAACUUUGACAAUGGCGCCACAAAGAGCCGAGGUACAGAAGUAAGAAGUUGGACAUCGAGUGAAUCUAAUAUGUAUUGAGUGUGAUGUACUCUCUCACCCAGUCGUGUCUCCGCCUCCGUCUUUGAGUCUUUUAGGCGCCGACGAACACGACUGCACGAAUUUUCCUUUCCUUGCUUUUCCCUCUCUUUCUUUCCCGGAAAGAUUAAUUUCUCGUUGGAACUCGGUCGGAAUUGAACUUAUACAUUAGAUUUCUGAUCGUGGUUGGUUUUCUUCUAACUUGUCGACUUUUCUAGGCAAAAAUAUGACAAUGGCACCGGCUUUUAGGUCAAGUUUCAGAUCGAGCUUGCAAAGCAGUGUUGUUUUGAGAAGGAUAGGGAGCGAAAAUUAUGUGUUUGGGUACGUGAGAUUCACAGAUUUAGUGAAAGAAGUGACUCUACCAGUUUUGGGUAGAAGCAGCGGUCGUGGACGCGUUGUAAUGAGGAACAAACGCAUGUCCGUGUUAAUGAGUAUGUCCAAGUCUCAAGCCGAGCCGCAAUCUGGUAUAGGCGCUAGUAUUUUAUCAAAAGAGGGGGGUGACGGUGUAGCAGCUGAGAAGGAGAUAAGCGUUUUAGAGAGUGGAAGUGAGUUGGAGACCGACAGCCAUGGAAAUGGUGGUGACAACGGGAACUUCAAAAAUGGUGGAGGUAGCGGCGGUGGCAGUGGAGGAGGGGACGGUAAAGGGGACGAUCAAGAGGCAGAGGAGUUUGGGCCAAUUUUGAAAUAUGAAGAGGUGAUGAAGGAGGCAGAGGCAAGAGGUGUAAAGCUUCCAUCGGAUAUGUUGGAGGCCGCAAAAAGCACGGGCAUUCGCCAAUUGCUUCUUCUUAGGUACUUGGACUUGCAGCGUUCAAGCUGGGGCUUGGGUUUUGCCAUGAGGUCUUGUGCUAUGCUUCGGAAUCGAAUGUUGGCUGAUCCUGCCUUUCUAUUCAAAAUUGGAACAGAGAUAGUGAUUGACUCAUGUUGUGCUACCUUUGCGGAAGUCCAGAAGAGGGGCAAAGACUUCUGGGCCGAAUUUGAGUUGUAUGUUGCCGAUCUUUUGGUUGGGGUUGUGGUCAAUAUAGCUUUAGUUGGUAUGUUGGCACCCUAUGCUCGUAUUGGCCAACCAACCGUAUCUAAAGGAUUCCUGGGACGCUUACAACAUGCAUAUGGAGCUCUUCCUAGCAGUGUGUUUGAAGCUGAAAGGCCAGGAUGUAGAUAUUCCGUAAAUCAGAGAAUAGCCACUUACUUUUACAAGGGUAUCCUUUAUGGAUCAGUUGGGUUUGCAUGUGGUAUAAUUGGCCAAGGCAUUGCAAAUAUGAUCAUGACUGCGAAGAGGAGCAUAAGGAAAUCAGAUGAAGACAUACCUGUGCCACCUCUUGUGAAGAGUGCUGCUCUUUGGGGUGUUUUUCUUGCUGUAUCUUCCAAUACCCGAUAUCAAGUUGUCAAUGGACUUGAACGUGUGGUAGAAGCUUCCCCUUUAGCAAAGCGAUUACCCCCUGUUGCUAUGGCAUUCACAGUUGGCGUGCGAUUUGCCAACAAUAUUUAUGGUGGAAUGCAGUUUGUGGACUGGGCUAGAUGGAGUGGUGUACAAUAAGUCAUAACUGUAAUCUCUUAUACUUAAUUUGAUAUGUUCUAUUCUAUCCAUCUAACUUUAGUUGGGAAUUAUGGUAACAUGGAUCCGUAGACAUCAAUUUGUUCCUUAAAAGUCUUCUAAUUUGUUGAACUUUUGCGUGGUGGAUUAACAAGCCGGGCGCACCCCCCGGAAUGUUUUGCGCAGCAUUUUCUACCCGGGGGAGUAAAAUGAUGGAGUCAGUGAGUUGCUAGGUUUGGUCUUGACAAUUUUAGCCUUGCUUGGCCAGUUGGCCGGCAUUUGGGAA